AUGUCCGAGGCAUCGAAGACUCCUCUAAGCUCCAAGGACGAAGAGAAGUCGGCUCGAAGUUCGAAUGCCGUGGAGUCGUCAUCUGGCCAGAGAAGUGUUACCCCUCCUCCUGUAGCUGGGAUGCCUAAUCCGUUCGAUUUUUCAGCUAUGUCGGGAUUGCUUAAUGACCCGAGCAUCAAGGAAUUAGCCGAACAGAUAGCAAAAGACCCUUCUUUUAAUCAGAUGGCGGAACAACUGCAGAAAACCUUUCAAGGUGCUUCACUGGAAGAUGGUAUCCCCAGCAUUGAUACACAACAGUAUUACUCAACCAUGCAACAAGUAAUGCAAAACCCACAAUUUAUGACCAUGGCAGAGAGGCUCGGCAGUGCAUUAAUGCAGGAUCCAGCCAUGUCUGGCAUGCUUGAGAAUUUGGCAAAUCCAGCCAAUAAAGACCAACUUGAAGAACGAAUGGCGCGCGUGAAGGAGGAUCCAUCUUUGAAGCCUAUAUUGGAUGAAAUCGAGAACGGUGGACCUGCUGCGAUGAUGAGCAGGUACUGGAAUGACAAGGAUGUUCUCCAGAAACUAGGGGACGCCAUGGGAUUUGCUGUCGGGGGAGAAAGCGGAACAUCAGCCGGAGAUGCAGCCGAAGACGAAACAGAGGAAGCAAAUGAGGACGAAUCCAUUGUCCACCACACUGCCAGUAUUGGUGAUGUAGAGGGCUUAAAGAGUGCUCUAGCUAAUGGUGGCAAUAAAGAUGAAGAAGAUUCUGAGGGAAGAACAGCGUUACACUUUGCAUGUGGUUAUGGCGAGAUUACAUGUGCCCAGGUUCUUCUGGAAGCUGGUGCGAAAGUGGACGCUUUGGAUAAGAAUAAGAACACACCACUCCACUAUGCCGCUGGCUAUGGCCGAAAGGACUGCGUGGAGCUUCUACUGAAAAACGGAGCUGCUGUCACUCUUCAAAACUUGGAUGGGAAAACGCCUAUUGAGGUGGCUAAGCUAAAUAACCAGAAUGAGGUGGGGAAAGUUCUUGAGAAGGACGCAUUUUUAUAA